CUGGAUGACGUAGAAAUGACGUGGAUUUGACAUAUGUGGGAUCUCGUGGUGUGUGGUGUUAGGUUAGACUACAAACAACCACAGAUAGGUUGGUGACAUGCAAUGCGGCCUUUCCGUGUUUUCAAGUUGUUGGUGUUUCUUAUGUUACUGGUGACGUUUUCGCUAUAUAUCUUAGUGUCCAAUGAGGAAGCGAACCACCAAUCUCGGAGACCCCAGGGCCAUGAUGUGUACGACGUAGCUGUAGUUGAUCCUCCUGCGCCGCAUCCAAUACGAAACGUGGUUAGAAGUCGUGAAAACGAGCCCAUUCACUUCGCUCAAGGAAAACCGCUGUCAAGUUCAAGGACUGUUGAUCCCCGCGGUCAAAAUGAUACGAAGAAUAUUUCUUCUCCCAACAACACAUUCAAUAAAGUCCGAGAUGGAAAUGAAAUUUUUGAGAAAUCAUCUCAACCUAAAAUCAACUUCAAAAGCAUUGAUGACAUGAAGGCUGCAAUGUUAGAGACAAAUCACCGGCAACACAUACGAAAUUUGGACAAGUUUCCAACACGACCUUCUGACGGUGUCGUGAUUGUCGUACAGGCUCACCAAAGACACGAAUAUCUUCAGUACUUAGUGAACUCGAUGAGAACAGUGCCUGAAAUUAACGAAGUGUUGCUGGUAAUUAGUCUUGACUGGUACAGUGACGAAAUGAAUGCUAUAGUGGACAAUAUUGAUUUCUGUCAGGUAGUUCAGUUAUUUUACCCGUACUCAAUUCAGGUCUAUCAAGAUGAAUUCCCAGGGUUCCAUCCCAAUGAUUGUCCAAGAGAUAUGCCCAAAUCAAAAGCGGAGGAAGUGAAAUGCAACAAUUGGGAGAAUCCCGAUCAAUACGGCCAUUAUAGGGAGCCGAAAUACACUAUGACAAAACACCACUGGUGGUGGAAGUUGCAACAUGUAUUCACUGGUUUACAAGCCACAGUUAGCCAUGAUGGUUUAGUACUGCUGUUAGAAGAAGAUCACUUUGUGACUCCUGAUUUCUUAUCAACACUUAAAGUGAUGUAUAAUUUCAAAAAAAGUGCGUGUCCUGAAUGUGACAUAUUAACACUUGGUACUUAUGACAAGACUAUACACUAUUCAGAUCGGAGCAACAAGGUUGAUGCUUUAUUAUGGCAUGCAAGUAAACAUAAUAUGGGGAUGGCGAUGGACAGGAAAACAUUCAACAAGCUACAGGGAUGUUCUAGAGAAUUCUGUACAUUUGACGACUAUAACUGGGACUGGACUUUACAGCACAUUAGCAAGCAUUGUAUGUCAAGUUCACUAAUGGCUAUAGUUGUAAAGUCACCCCGAGUAUUCCAUAUCGGUGAAUGUGGUGUGCAUCAUAAUGGGAAGCAGUGCAACGUUGCUGACAAAGUCAAUCACAUUAAGGACAUACUUCAAAAAAACUCAAUGUUCCUGUUUCCAAAAGAGUUGCACCUUGGUCAGAAAACAAAGACAAUGACUGCUAAGCCAUCUAAACCGAACGGCGGCUGGGGCGACAUCAGGGACCACGCUUUAUGUAUGACAUAUGGCAAAAAAGUAGUUUAAAAGGACAUGUUGGAAAGACCUCAGUUUACUGGAUGGACUGCGGUAUCUGCACAAAGAUGAACUUUAUGGGAAUGUCUCAGAGGAUGUAGUUGAAUAAAUUUAUGUAAUUUGAGCAGAAUAUCUAAAUUAACAAUUAUAGCAAAUGAUUGUGAUUCAGAAAAAAAAAAUCACUAUCAUUGUCACAAAAUGGUGAAGUGCGCCACCACA